CAAAGAAAUUACAACAAGUCCACAACGAGAAUCAAGAAAAAUUUCAUUCAAGUAGGUAUGUUUAACCCUGUACUUUGUGAACUCUAUCCUCAUUGUGGGAAAUACGCCUUUAAUAAGCUUGCUGUUUCCACCGUCCCAUUCGCACAACACUCGGCGUGCAUGCAUUAGUCGCCCGACUUCCACGCUUCUCUCGUGACAGCACCGCGUCCGAUCAGUCAAACCUGCUGUACCGGUAUAUACCGCUGGCAUGUAGUCAGAUCUCGCACUUCAAAGGAUUGUUUACAGUUACGCACGUGCAACUUACAUCGCGUGCUGAUGCACGUGCUGCGGCGAGAUCACGGGAUCCACAGCCCUGGCUGCAAGAAGUCAUGUCGGCUCUCCCACGUGUUGCUGUAUUGAUCGUGGCUGUCUGUGCUCGGAUUGCAUCAGAUGACCCGCUGUGUUGAAAUGGUUGGUCUCGGCACCACCGAGCUGCUUUUCUGUGUGUCAGCCCUUUGUCUGAUGUACGUGUCACCAUGUGGACUGACUAUUCCUAGUUUUCUUCUCACCGGAAGCAUUUUUGUAUGCUACUGGCUAAUUCGAAGAGCAAGAGCAAGAAGGAUUGAUGCACAAGGGAAAUAUGUACUCAUUACAGGUUGUGACACAGGUUUUGGAAAUAGUCUUGCUCGACUCCUUGAUAGCAAAGGUUUAAAGGUAUUUGCUACAUGCCUUUCUGAACAAAGUGAAGGAGCAAAACUAUUGAAGAAAGAUGGAAGCAAGAAUAUGCGUGUUUUACAGCUGGAUGUCAGUUCGGAUGCGAGCGUUCUUGCCUGCCUUGAACAGAUCAAGCCCAUAUGUUUUAAAGAAGGCUUGUGGACCUUGGUAAACAAUGCUGGGAUAAUCUGCAAAGGCGAUGUGGAGAUACAGACCAUGGAAGCGUAUAAGAGAAUUGCAGAAGUUAACUUAUUUGGGGUUGUACGAAUGUGUAAAGUCUUUCUGUCAGUUGUUAGAAAAUGUAAAGGCAGAGUUAUUAACGUCACAAGCGUCCGAGGAUUACAAGCCUUCUGUGGGGAUUCCGGCUAUGUCAUGAGUAAAUUUGGUCUUGAGGGUUUUACCGACUGUCUUAGGCUAGAGAUGAGGAGGUUUGGAGUCAAGGUCAUUCACGUGGAACCCGGAAUGUUUGGGCUCAACACUGGUUUAUUCAAUGAAGAAAACGUUGAACGAUACAAAGUUUUGAGCAAGAAGCUGAUCGAUAAUGUCAGCGAUGAAAUAAGGACAGCGUAUGGGCAAGACUAUCUGGACACAUACAUGCGGGUGCCAAAAAUGCGCCCAGGGUCUUCCGACCAGGACAUCCAACCAAUGCUUGAUGCCUUUGAAGAUGCCAUACUUAGCUGCCGGCCAGACAGUCGCUACCUUGUUGAUGGGCAGAGGGUGGACGGCGACUGUACGAUGGCUCGCCUCAGAAAUGUCCUGCCUGUAUUUAUUAUGGAUCCAUUGUAUUUCUACCUGCGUCCAUUGCCAAAAGAAGCUUUCUAUGCAAGUACAACUUCUAGGCAUUGAAGAAGCUGACGUGCAAAUAAACAUUUGUAAAUGAAUUUAGUUAAUGCUCAGGAGUGCUUAAUAAAGGUAUUUUAUCAUU